UAGGUUUUAGAGAGAGAAGAGAUAGAUAAGAACAAAAAAAAAAAUCAGGUAGAGAGAGAAAGAGAGACCUGAUCUUUAACUCUUGCUUUUGGAUUGUUCCAAUGGCAACAAAGAUUUUGAGGUCUCUUUUCUCUUGAAAGGAAGACGGCGUCGUUCUGAGUUUUUGAGUCUCUGUACUUCCCUCCCUCUCCCUCUGUAGGCAUAUUGAAUCUGAUCCACCAUGAUUUUCUCUCUACUCUGAUUUUCUCUCUCUUUACUCUGAAACUAAAUAGAGGGGCGGUGACUAUGGAGUUGUAUAUGACUAUUAUCAGCGUCAUCAUCGACCUUCAAGUGUUUUCUGAAGGUUUUUAGGUUAAUUUGUGAGCUUUAAUUGUCAGAAUCUCAUAUUACUAUUGUUUCAGAUAUUGCAUUUCUUAGGUACUCUGUGAGGAAGAAAAUUUGUUAUAUAUAUAUAUAUAUAUAUAUAUAUAUAUAUAUAUAUAGAGGGAGAGAGAGAUUUAAACUGGAAUCUGAAUAAACUGAAGUGUCUUAUGCUGGCUUAGAUUCGACCUUUGAUUGAUAGCAAAAAAGCGUUGGACGUGUGUGUGUGUGUGAGUGAAGACUAGAGGGAGAAGUGUAGUUUUGUUAGGGUUUUGUUGAAGAGAGAAUCGAGGAAGCUAUUGAAGAUUUGUGUUUGUUUGACACAUUCGCAGAAUCUGGCCUUUGAUUUAAGGAGGAACGAAGUCCAUAGCAGAGCUUUUUGUCUCUCUGUGUUGAAGCUAUGCUUUAUAUGGUCACUCUUGGCUCUGAUCUGUGGCAUAGAUAGCUUUGAUUCUUGACAGCAUUUAUUGAGAAAGAGAAACAAGCAAUUAAGUAGAGAUUUUUUGUUCAUUCCUGUUGAAGAACACUGUUUGAUUCUGUACCGACUGAAAAUUGCAACAAUUGGGUUCGAGAACAAGCAAUGGAGGACAAAGAGAAGAGUUUGGACUCUCAACUAUGGCACGCUUGUGCUGGAGGUAUGGUUCAAAUGCCUCCUGUGAAUGCCAAGGUAUUCUAUUUUCCUCAGGGCCACGCCGAGCACGCCCUUGCCAGUGUUGAUUUUGGGGCCUCACGGAGGGUUCCGUCCCUAAUCCUUUGCAGGGUUGCUGCUGUGAAGUUCAUGGCAGACCCUGAAACUGAUGAAGUUUAUGCCAAGAUUAGGUUGGUUCCGAUUGGAAACAACGAGCUUGAUUAUGGUGAAGAUGGUGUUUUGGGGAGUAAUGGGUCUGAAGCCCCUGAAAAACCUGCUUCUUUUGCGAAAACUUUGACUCAAUCGGAUGCCAACAACGGUGGGGGUUUCUCCGUUCCUCGAUACUGUGCGGAGACUAUAUUUCCCCCCUUGGAUUACUCAGCUGAUCCCCCAGUUCAAACCUUAAUCACGAAGGACGUUCAUGGUGAGAUUUGGAAGUUUAGGCAUAUCUACAGAGGGACACCUAGGAGGCAUUUGUUGACCACAGGCUGGAGUAAUUUUGUGAACCAGAAAAAGCUGGUUGCUGGGGAUUCAAUUGUGUUCUUCAGGGCAGAGAAUGGGGAUCUAUUUAUUGGAAUACGGCGGGCCAAGAGGGGAAUUGUUGGUGGCCCUGAAUCCCCAUCUGGAUGGAACUCUUCUGCCGGAAAUUGUGUUAUGCCUUAUGGGGGAUUUUCAGUCUUCUUAAGGGGAGAUGAGAAUAAACUAAUGAGAAAUGGUAGUAGUGGGAAUUUGAACUCUAGUGGUUCGAAAGGAAGGGGAAGAGUGAGACCAGAAUCGGUUAUCCAAGCUGUGUCCCUUGCUGCUGAAGGGCAGCCCUUUGAGGUUGUGUAUUACCCUCGUGCAAGUACUCCGGAGUUUUGCAUUAAGGCUUCGUCUGUUAGGACUGCAAUGAGGAUUCAGUGGUGCUAUGGGAUGAGGUUCAAAAUGGCAUUUGAAACCGAGGAUUCUUCCCGGAUCAGCUGGUUUAUGGGAACUAUAGCUUCUGUUCAGGUUGCUGACCCCAUCCACUGGCCUAAUUCCCCAUGGCGGAUUCUCCAGGUGACAUGGGAUGAGCCGGAUUUGCUGCAAAAUGUAAAGUGUGUCAGCCCAUGGCUGGUUGAAUUGGUUUCAAACAUGCCAGUCAUUCAUCUCUCACCCUUCUCACCGCCAAGAAAGAAGUUGCGGUUCCCGCAACACCCAGACUUUUCCUUUGACGGCCAAUUUCCAAUGCCGUCAUUUUCAGGCAACCCCCUCGGUCCCAGCAGCCCCUUGUGUUGUCUCUCUGACAACAUUGCUGCAGGCAUACAGGGAGCCAGGCAUGCUCAUUUUGGACUACCCUUACCAGAUAUCCACCCUAGCAACAAACUGCAGCUGGGCCAAUUCUCAUCUAGUUUCCAGCGGCUUGAUUUACAUGCUAAAAUCUCUGAUGGCAUCAUCCCAGGCAACACAAAUAGCAAUGAGAAUAUAUCUUGCUUGCUAACCAUGGGGAACUCUGUUCAUAACUUAGAGAAAACUGAUAAUUUAAAGACACCCCGGUUCAUACUAUUUGGUCAACCAAUACUGACCGAGCAGCAGAUAUCCCAUAGCUGUUCCAGUGAUUCAGUCUCACAAGUUCUGACUCGGAAACGUUCAGUAGAAAGGAUUCCAGAAAAGGAAGAAAGAUCUGCACUUCACCGGCAAGAUGUUCCAGAAAACCUGUUCAGUGCUGGAUCUCCAUGGCAUCAAGGUUUCCACAGAACUGAACUUGGCCUGGAUACCGGUCACUGCAAAGUGUUCAUGGAGUCCGAGGAUGUAGGCCGAACUAUUGACCUGACAAUUUUUGAGUCUUAUGAAGAGCUAUACAUAAAGCUGGCAAACAUGUUUGGGAUAGUAGGAUCAGAGAUGCAUUGCCAUGUGCUCUACCAGGAUGCAACAGGUGCUGUUAAACAAACUGGAGAUGAACCAUUCAGUGAUUUCAUGAAAACAGCAAAAAGAUUGACCAUUCUACUGGAUUCAGGCAGCAAAAAUAUUGGAAGGAAAUGGAUUACAGGGUUUCAGAAUUCUGAAAAUGGACUAGAUUCUUCGAACCAGACAGGCCCCUUGAGCAUAUUUGCAUAAUAUGGUCAUCAUUUUAGAGUGGAUUUAGGUAAAAUAUUAAUGUUUUCUUUAUGUAGUUGGGAGAAACAAGAUAUGAAACUCCAUUUAUUCUGAAGUAUGUUUCCAACUUGAAGGGACCAAGUGUAUGCUUUAUUGAAUGUGAGACAUUUAUUAUUGAUGCCUAACAUGAUUAGUAAAUUUUUAAGUUUAUAAAAAA